CCAUCUUUCCCCUGCACCACACCUCGACACCGUGAAAGCGCGCCACACGAGCGCCCGGGCGCACACGUAUAUAAGCCGAUCGUUGUCAGGCCGGGAUUUUCAGUGAAGGGGCAGCAGAGUAGCUAGCUAGCUCGAGGGAGAGCCGAGAUGGCGGUGGGGAACGAGUGGAUCAACGGGUACCUGGAGGCGAUCCUCGACGCCGGGUCGAAGCUGCGGGUGCAAGGGGUGUCGCUGCCGCCGCUGGAGCCAGCGCCGGCGCUCGCGUCGGAGGAGUCCAGCGCCGCCUACAACCCCACCAGGUACUUCGUGGAGGAGGUCGUCCGGAGCUUCGACGACCAGGCCCUCCACAAGACAUGGACAAAGGUGGUGGCGAUGCGGAACAGCCAGGAGCGGAACAACCGGCUGGAGAACCUGUGCUGGAGGAUCUGGAACGUCGCGAGGCAGAAGAAGCAGGUGGAGAGGGAUUACUCGCAGGAGGUCGCUCGGCGGAAGCAAGAGCAAGAGCUGGGCAGCUUGGAGGCCGCCGAGGACCUCUCCGAGCUCUCGGAGGGCGAGAAGGAGACCGUCCCCAAGCCGGACGGCGCCGCUGCACACCUGUCCGCCGACGAGCAGCAGCCGCAGCAGCGCACCCGGCUGGCGAGGAUCAACUCCGAGGUGCGGCUCGUCUCUGACGACGAGGACGAGCAGAGCAAGGACAGAAACCUCUACAUCGUCCUCGUCAGCAUCCAUGGGCUCGUGCGUGGAGAGAACAUGGAGCUCGGGCGAGACUCCGACACCGGAGGCCAGGUGAAGUACGUGGUGGAGCUGGCCCGGGCGCUGGCGGCGACGGCGGGGGUGCACCGCGUGGACCUCCUGACGCGCCAGAUCUCCUGCCCCGACGUCGACUGGACCUACGGCGAGCCGGUGGAGAUGCUCGAGCGCCUGUCCUCGGGCGACGACGACGGCGACGAGUCCGGGGGAGGCGGGGCGUACAUCGUGCGGCUGCCCUGCGGGCCACGCGACCAGUACAUCCCCAAGGAGGAGCUCUGGCCGCACAUCCCCGAGUUCGUGGACCGCGCGCUCUCGCACGUCACCAACGUGGCGCGCGCGCUGGGCGAGCAGCUCCAGCCGCCGCCCAGCGACGCCCCGGCGACGGCGCUGGCGGCGCCGGUGUGGCCGUACGUGAUCCACGGGCACUACGCGGACGCGGCGGAGGUGGCGGCGAACCUCGCGAGCGCGCUCAACGUGCCGAUGGUGAUGACGGGCCACUCGCUGGGGCGGAACAAGCUGGAGCAGCUGCUGAAGCUGGGCCGCAUGCACGGGCCCGAGAUCCAGGGCACCUACAAGAUCGCGCGGCGGAUCGAGGCGGAGGAGACCGGGCUGGACACGGCGGAGAUGGUGGUCACCAGCACCAAGCAGGAGAUCGAGGAGCAGUGGGGCCUCUACGACGGCUUCGACCUCAUGGUGGAGCGGAAGCUCCGCGUGCGCCAGCGCCGCGGCGUCAGCAGCCUCGGCCGCUACAUGCCGCGCAUGGCGGUCAUCCCGCCCGGCAUGGACUUCAGCUUCGUCGACACCCAGGACACCGCCGACGGGGACGGCGCCGACCUCCAGAUGCUCAUCGACCCCGUCAAAGCCAAGAAGGCUCUGCCUCCCAUUUGGUCAGAGAUUCUGAGGUUCUUCACGAACCCGCACAAGCCGAUGAUCCUGGCGCUGUCGCGGCCGGACCCGAAGAAGAAUAUCACCACGCUACUCAAGGCGUACGGCGAGAGCCGAAAGCUCCGGGAGCUCGCCAACCUGACGCUGAUACUGGGGAACAGAGAUGACAUCGACGACAUGGCCGGCGGCGGCGGCACGGUGCUCACGGCGGUGCUGAAGCUCAUCGACCGCUACGACCUCUACGGCCAGGUGGCUUAUCCCAAGCACCACAAGCAGACGGACGUGCCUCACAUCUACCGCCUCGCCGCCAAGACCAAGGGAGUGUUCAUCAACCCGGCUCUUGUAGAGCCGUUCGGCCUCACAAUCAUCGAGGCCGCCGCUUAUGGUCUGCCCGUGGUGGCGACCAAGAACGGCGGGCCGGUGGACAUCCUCAAGGCGCUUCACAACGGCCUGCUGGUGGACCCGCACUCCGCCGAGGCGAUCACCGGCGCGCUGCUCAGCCUGCUGGCCGACAAGGGGCAGUGGCUGGAGAGCCGCCGCAACGGCCUGCGCAACAUCCACCGCUUCUCCUGGCCGCACCACUGCCGCCUCUACCUCUCCCACGUCGCCGCCUACUGCGACCACCCGUCGCCGCACCAGCGGCUCCGCGUCCCUGGCGUCCCGGCCGCCUCGGCGAGCAUGGGCGGCGACGACUCCCUCUCGGACUCGCUCCGUGGCCUCUCGCUCCAGAUCUCCGUGGACGCCUCCAGCGACCUCAAUGCCGGGGACUCCGCCGCGCUGAUCAUGGACGCCCUACGCCGCCGCCCGGCGGCCGACAGGCGCGAGGGCUCCGGCAGGGCGUUGGGCUUCGCGCCCGGCAGGAGGCAGAGCCUCCUUGUCGUCGCCGUCGACUGCUACUGCGACGACGGCAAGCCCGACGUCGAGCAACUGAAGAAAGCCAUCGACGCGGCGAUGUCCGCCGGUGACGGCGCGGGAGGGCGGCAGGGGUACGUGCUCUCGACCGGCAUGACCAUCCCCGAGGCCGCGGAGACGCUCAAGGCCUGCGGCGCCGACCCGGCCGGCUUCGACGCGCUGAUUUGCAGCAGCGGCGCGGAGAUAUGCUACCCGUGGAAGGAGCUCACGGCCGACGAGGAGUACUCGGGCCACGUGGCGUUCCGGUGGCCCGGCGACCACGUGAAAACCGUCGUGCCGAGGCUCGGGAAGGCUGAGGACGCGCAGGCGUCCGACCUCGCCGUCGAUGUGUCCGCCGGCUCCGUGCACUGCCACGCCUACGCCGCCACCGACGCGUCCAAGGUGAAGAAGGUGGAUUCGAUCAGGCAGGCGCUGCGGAUGCGCGGGUUCCGGUGCAACCUCGUCUACACGCGCGCCUGCACGCGCCUCAACGUCAUCCCUCUCUCCGCUUCCCGCCCACGCGCCUUGAGGUACCUGUCGAUACAGUGGGGCAUCGAUCUCGCCAAGGUGGCGGUGCUCGUCGGCGAGACCGGGGACACCGACCGGGAGAAGCUCCUCCCGGGGCUGCACAGGACGCUGAUCCUGCCGGGGAUGGUCUCACGCGGCAGCGAGCAGCUCGUCCGCGGCGAGGACGGGUACGCCACGCAGGACGUCGUGGCCAUGGACUCCCCCAACAUCGUCACGCUCGCUCAAGGCCAGGCUGUCUCCGACCUUCUCAAGGCCAUGUGAGAGAGCACAACUCGUACGUAAUGUAAUUUUGGCAGGAAGAUGACUGCAGAAUUUGCAUACAAGGUAGUAUAAAUUUAUGGAUGUGCAAGCAUGAGCAAACAUGUGGCAAAUAAUUUUUUAUGUCUUAGCAUGCCUCCCUGAGGUCUGUUGUACAUAUAUAUACACUUUAUAAAUGAAUAGUAUAUAAGACUUGGAGGAUAAAAA